AUGUCAGCUGUGGUGUGGGCACUUGCACAGCUGGAAGCACAAGGGUGUGAGGAUGCAUUGAGGGACAUCAUCGACGAAGCUGAAGCCCGGAUUGACGAAUUCAGUACGCAGGACCUCUCCAGGCUUGCUUAUGGGCUCAGCCAACUGGGAUUCAAGGAUUGUCGUGACUUCUUAUCAGCACUCUCUGUGGAGCUUGACAGCAACGUCAAGAAUUUCAGGAUAGAAGGCUUUGUUCAAGCGCUGGAGGGUUUGGUUGGCUCACAGUACCACCCAGGUGAAAUAACGAUCCGCCGGCUCUCUCGAGUAUCAGUGGACAAGAUCCACGAAUUUACACCUCGGGACCUGGCAACGCUGCUGGAGUGCAUUGCACAACUGUGUGCUGCAAAUGAGUGCAGCCAACUGAUCGUUGCAACCUCAAGGAGAGUCAAAGAUUUCAGAGAUCAAGUCAAUUCUGUUCAUCUCGUGAGGAUGGCAUGGGCGCUGGCAAUUAUGAACAAACUCGACAAUGACAUGCUGGAUCAGUGUUUGCUGGCAGCAAGUUAUUUGCCUGCAGAGGGAUGCCACAGAUUAAGAGUCGAUGUGGGACGUUGCUUGCUUCACAUGCGUGUAAGGAAAGCAGCAGAGCACACUCCCCGAGUAGUUCCAGGCUCUCCUGCUGCAGAGUGUUACCGUUGUUGGCGAAAAUAUGAAGUGGAAAGGGCUGUUCCCACAGCUGUGUUGGAGGCGUUUGGGGUGCUAGAGGAGGACAAUUUUGAAUGCAACCCUCACCACAUUGUUGCAGGAGGCCUCUUCGUGGCCCACACUGUUUCUGGUCGCAGUGGCCGCCGCUUCGCUUUGGAGGUCGACUCUCAGUCGCUGUGUUUUCAAAACAGACCACAGCAGCUGCUGGGUGAGGUUGUAUGGCGCCGGCAGAUGUUGGAGGCUCUGGGGUGGUCUCCUCUGUGCAUUGAGGAAGAAAAAUGGGACAUCAUGGACACAGACCAGCGGUGGGAGUACUUGAACACACUAAUGCGAGUGGGGGACAAGUUUUCAAAAUCGGGUUGGUGA